AUGGCUCCACCUCCAGUGAGCAUGCAGGAGCCGGUGUGUCUGAUCAGUAAUGAGGAGGACGGAGGCCUGAGUGUCCAGCAGGAGGCGCUAGAGGUCCUGCAGCAGAUCCAGCAGCCGGUGGUGGUGGUGGCCAUCGUGGGGCUCUACCGCACGGGCAAAUCCUACCCGAUGAACCGGCUCGCUGGGAAACACGCAGGGUUUGCGCUGGGAAACACCACCGAGUCCAAAACCAAAGGAAUCUGGAUGUGGUGCCAAACACUGGUUCUGUUGGACACAGAGGGAUUGGGAGACGUCAAGAAGGGAGACCCAAAGCACGACACCAAGAUCUUUGCUCUUGCCAUUCUGCUGAGCAGCACUCUAGUCUACAACAGCCGAGGCACCAUUGACAACCGAGCCAUUGAGGAGCUGCAAUAUGUAACAGAACUUACGGAGUAUAUAAAGAUCAAAUCAACUGAGGAGGAAGUAGACGACACAGAGUUUGUGAGGUUCUUCCCAAACUUCAUCUGGACUGUGAGGGACUUCACACUGGAGCAGAAGAUUGAUGGGCAGGAGGUGACAGACGAUGAAUACCUAGAUUACGCCCUUCAGCUGAGAAAUGGUUCUUCAAAAACUGUGAUGACGUAUAAUCUUCCAAGACAGUGCAUCCGGAAUUAUUUUCCAACUCGGAAGUGUUUCACGUUCCCAUUUCCGACUCAUCCGGACAAUAUGUCUCAAUUGGAGAAUUUGAAUCCAAAUGAACUUUCACCAACUUUUCUGGAGGUUGCAGAGCAAUUCUACCUGUUUGUCAUUGAACAGAGCCAAGGGAAACUGCUGAAAGAUGGAUACAAGGUCACCGGGAAAGGUGAAUCACAGGGAUCAUUACCUUGCUUUGGGGAACAAAGUGACUUUGAAAGCACCCCCGGACUGAGCACUGCCAACAUUCUGGGUCAUCUAGUGCAGCUGUACGUGGACACCAUCUCCAAUGGUGGGAUGCCCUAUCUGGAGAACGCUGUGGUGGCCAUAUCGCAGAUAGAGAACAAGGCAGCGGUGGAGGACGGGGUUGGCGUGUACCGGAGCGGCAUGGAGCAGCUGAAACAGUCCUUCCCUGUAGAGCUGACGCUCAUCACCUCUGAACACCAGCGUCUCCACACAGAGGCCGUUCAGACGUUCAUGAAGCGACGCUUUAAGGAUGAUCAGGGAGAGCACCUGGAAUCUUUAGAGAAAUCCAUCGAUCGACAUUUUGAGCAAUAUUUACUCCACAAUGAGGAGGCUUCAAAGAAGAAAUGCCAGGAUCUUCUGACAAGUCUGUCAGCUGAUAUGACCAAUCGACUCCAGAAUGGAUUUUACGCUAAACCUGGAGGCUACGAACUCUUCUGCCAGGACAUGGAGACUAUUGUGGGGGAAUACAACAGACAGACCCUGACAUUAGUCAAGGCUAAAGAAGUCCUGGAGCAGUUUUCAAAGAACAAGCAUACUGAAUCUGAAGCCAUCAGACAGACUGAUGCCAAACUGAGUGAGAAGGAAAAACAGAUCUGUGAGGAGAGAGAGAAAGCUCUUAUCUUGGAGCAGAAGGUAAAGGCUGACGAGGAGGAGAAGCACAGGCUGGAAGCAAAGAUGAAGGCAGACAGGGAGAGUUUUGAGGAGAAUAUAAAACAGAUAGCCGAGAAUAAGGAGAAAGAGAUGAGCCGUAGCCAAGAGGAGUCUGAGAGGGCGCUGAAGAGUAAGGUGCGGGAGCAGAGAGAGAUGCUGGACACGGGUCAUGCUGCGCAGGCCGAGAUGCUGAAGCUAGAGAUCGAGGAAAGCCGGAGGAAGCACGAGGAGAGCCAGGCUCUGCAGGCCAGGCAGCACGAGCUGAUGUUGGAGAACUUAAGGAAUGAGCGCCAGACGCAGGAGCAGAAACACGACCAGGCUAUGACUCAGAUGAAUCUGCAACACGAGCAGACCCUCACUGAGAUGAGAAACCAACAUGAACAAGUCAUGGCAACGAUUCAGGCUGAGAAAGAAAGUCAGGAGACGAUGCAGGCGAUUCGGGAGAACAACCUGGCGAUGGAGACUCAUAAACUAAUGCAGGAGUUAGAGGAGACCAAGAAGUCGGGCGCGGAAAGCCAGGCGGUGCAGGCCCGAGCCAUCGAGGAGAAGAUGGAGAGGCUGAGGCUGGAGAAGCAGGAGAUGCAGCAGCAGCACGAGCAGGCCAUGGCCACGCUGAGACAGCAGUGUGAGCAGAUGAGAAACGUCACGGUGAAAAUGCCAAAACAAAAAGAGUCAUGUACUGUCCAGUGAAAAAACGACCUGUCAUGACCAGCAAGUUGAGAAUUAGAACUACAGGACUAUGGGGGAUUAUGGCUGCCGAGGUGUCCCCAUAUAUGGAAUUAAUGGACUAGGGGGAGGCCAAGAACUCCACGAGUUCCUCCACCAUGUCGGGACACCUCUGCCAUUUUAGGACACCUUGAAUGCCAUUAUCCUGCUUAUUCCCCGGCUACAACUCAUGUAGCGCUGCUGUCGGGUGGAAACCUUGUAUCUCCAAAUCCAAUCAUUUCCAGAAAAUAGAAUACACCUUUUUUUUUAAAAAUAAUCCAACAUUAUGCUAUCAAAUUAAAAAAAAAAACUAAUUUGGAGAUGCAAGGUUUCCACCCGACAGCAGCGGUAUAUAAACAAUAGUCAUGCAUUUACAGCACACAAAGGAAACAUGCAACUCCACAACUUUGGAACAAUAAUAGGCCAAUAUCUAACACCCUUUCAUGUCAAAAUUACUUGAAAGGGCUGUUGCUGACCAACUUACUACCUAUCUAUCUCACAAUAGUAUCUUAGAGAAAUGUCAAUCUGUCACUCCACUGAAACCGUCUUGACCAGAGUUACAAAUUAUCUUCUUACUGCUGAUUCUGAUCAACCAUUAUUGUUAUUGUUUCUUGACUUUAGUGCAGCCUUUAGACACUAUUGCCCAUACUGUACUACUUAGCUAUUUAGAGAAGCAUAUUGGGGUGCAGGGGACACCAGGGGCCUAUUGCACAAAACUAGGAUAAGGGAUUAAGCCGGGAUAUCUUGGUUAUCCUGGCUCAAUUUA